CGUUGUUCGAUUGUCAUUCGCACCUCGCGCGUCAAGACGUGCGGUCGCGUCGCGUUGUGUUGCUCGUUAUUGAACGCGUGGAAUUGAGCCAAUUCAUCUAUUUACGGAUCGCGGAAAACAAUACAAAAUGAAUACGGGUUGGUUAGUGUGGGAAUGCCUCGUGUUUGGAUUGUUUGUGUGUGCGACGUCAUGUGCACCACUCUGGAGGAGAAAGAGGGAUGCAGCAGCCGGAGGUGAUGCCAAGAGGGCUUAUAUAUUUGCCGGCGGAGGGGUAUCGACACUGUCCAUGAUACUUUCUGUCUCUAGAGGGACAUUGGGAGUUCGGUCUUUUUUAGGAUUUCCAUCAGAGAUGGUGUAUUAUGGUUCAGCAAUGUGGGAGACUUUGUACGGCAUGAUGCUGGCCUUCCCCUUGGUCUGCUGGAUUUUUAUACCGGUAUAUUACCGGCUCAGCACAAACUCCGUGUAUGAGUAUCUUCAGAUGAGAUUCGGUUCGAUUUGGGUGCGACGGUUGGCGGCGGCUACGUUCCUCCUCCGCCAGACCCUGAACCUUGCAGUGACGGUGUAUACUCCCACUGUGGCUCUACAUGCUGUACUUGCGCUGCCACAUUGGGCAUCAGCCGCAGCGCUAACAGUUGUAGCCAUCGUUUUUAAUCUACUGGGCGGUCUCGCAGCUGCAAUCAGAGCCGACGUGAUCCAAACCCUUGCAAUGGUGAUGGUGAGCGCUGCGUUCAUAAUCCAGGCAACGGUGACAGCUGGUGGACCACAGCAGGUCUUCAGCGAUAACGUCGAGGGAAACAGAUUCAAGUUCUUUAACUUCACAUGGGACCCGACAGUUAGAGUGGAUACGAUGUCAGCUUUAGUUGGCCAGCUGUUCAUGUCAGUUUCAAUUUACGGCUGCCAGCAGACUUUCGUCCAGCGCUACUGUUCCAUGUCCAGCGAAACCAGGGUCAAGAGGACCUUGUUGGCGAACGUCCCAGCCGUUUUUGUCUUAUUCAGCUUAUCCUGGGUCGUUGGUAUGGCUCUUUAUGCUGUAUACAGAUAUUGUGAUCCUUUGAUGUCUGGAAGGAUCGUUGCUCCUGAUGAGGUGUUACCGUUUUACGUUCAAGAUCAGUUCUCGUUUCUGCCUGGAAUGCUUGGAUUGUUUUUGGGCAGUCUAUUUAAUGGAGCUUUGAGUUUUCUGGUGUCAAAUGUGAAUUCUAUAUCUACCGUCACAUGGGAAGACUUCGUGUCACAGGCGCCGGCGUUUAAAGGAAUCAACGACAAGCAACAGUUAACCGUCAUUAAAAUUAUAGGAAUUGUUUAUUCGAUAGCAAUAAUGUGCCUCUCCCUCUGCGUGGGGAUGGUGGGGGGAGUAAUAGAAGGUUCUCUGCUAGUGACUUCCGCGACUUCCGGCGCUUUGCUCGGCGUGUUCCUGCUGGCCGCCAUAUUCCCGAUGGCCAACGGCAAGGGCGCGCUGUGCGGGAUGCUGUCGUCACACUUCAUCACGGCUUGGAUGGCGACGGGCAGACUGCUGUAUGUUAACGACAGUGUGGCUAUGUUGCCUUUAUCUGUUGAGAAUUGUCCUAAUGCAACGCUUAGCGUCUUAAGUCCGAAGGCUCUACCGGUAGUUGUGAACCAAACAUUAGCUCAGCUCGCCCCAGUGCUACAAGUUUUAGACAGCACUCACGUACCUUACAAACCAAAGGAAUCAAUUGUAUUCACAGCGUUAAUGAAGAUGUAUUCAGUGUCGUACAUGUGGUACGCAGUGAUCGGUACGGCAACAUGUGUCACCGUUGGAGUAAUCAUCGGCCUCAUAACUGCUACAGAAAAAGACGCAUUUGACGAGCUACUUUUACAUCCAUUAGUGGCGAAAAUCGGUCGGAAGAUGCCUGGUCGAAAGCGAAUAUUUAAAACGCAGGUAGAAGAAAAAGUUUCAGAGGAAAAGGAACAGUCUGACAAAACUGACGAAACGGUGGUCGAAGAUAAACAGCCGACCGUAUUUUUAACCAAUGGGAGUAGAUUGUUUGAAACGUAUGAGAGAAAAACUUCCCCUGUCAGGACGAGACUUUGAUUGCAUUUGAUUGUAUUAAAUAUCAGCAAGAGUAUAAUAUCAAUAUUGAAGAUUUCUCUGACUUUAUGAAAAAAAAAAUCUUAGGAACUUUGUGAGUAUCGCAAAUGCUUUAGAGAGAUUCGUAUCGUCGUAAAAGUAGUUUUUAGUAAAUUGAAAUAAACUAGGGGCUAUGAAACUUAAAGGAAAAAUAAUUAAACUUAUAUCAUAGUCGAAUAUAGAAAUUAAUAUUUAGUUUUGUAAUUAAAAAUGUGCCUUGUAGGUUUUUUAGCGAAUUGUUACGUCGGUGAAAACGUCUCGUGUUCAAAACACGAUGUAUUUAUUUAGACAUACUCGUAUAAGUAGGCAAAAAUUUAUAAAAGGCCCAGCCUUCUAAUAGCCUAAAUCAGGGGCUUAUUGUUAGAGUAGUUAAACCACCUUAUGCCCCUGAUUUGUUAUUGUUGUGAUAAUAGAAUAGAUUGUUAUAAGUGUAAUAUAUAUGUAGAUUAACGUAACCCGAAUUUAAGUGCCUCGAACUAUGUGUUAUUUAAAUGUGAACGGGAGGAAUAUGCCUUUUAAUUAUUAUUAUUAAUAACUAAUUAUUUUAUCUUAAUAUUAAUUAUACUAAGUUUUAUAUUAAGAAAAUAUUAUGAUUCAUAUAUAUUAAGUUAUUGAUAAAAAUAUAUGCUUUAGAUAUUAUAUAAAACUUGCAAAAA